AUGUUGAAGCAACUGGUUGCCUCGGGAGGCAUGUCGCUUUAUAAGCGCGGAGCUGAGGACGGCAAUGCCAUCCAUCUCCCAUCCUGGGCUUGGGGAGUGCUGUUUCUGAACUUCGUCAUCUUCAUCCCGAUCACUCUCUAUGUGUCGUACACCCUCGGCUCUCUAUUCCCCACCCUGGCCAUGGUCGAGGACCCGAAUCCACCGGCCUACGAGCGCUUGUCGUUGAAUGAGGACCCCGAGACUCUGGCCGACGACGAGGCAGCGGCCGCAGCGCCGCCCAAGCCCAUCUCUGCCUCCCUCCGGGCCCUCGAACGCCUCGUCUUCUCGGUCGGCGGCUGGCGCUCCAAUUUCCGGGGCUUCUGGUGUUCCUUUGCCUACGGCGUCUCGGUCGCCUUUAUUAGCGGCAUCUUCAUGUCUCUGCCCUUCAUCCCGGCCUUCGUCGGCACUCUCCUCGCGACCCUUGCCCUGGUGCAGAUAUCCACGGCGUGGGUCCACAUCGUCAUGACACCCCCCAACCCCGCUCCCUUCUACCGCCGCCUGCCACCCUUCAAGAAGACCUUCGAGGCCACCGCCGCCCCCGUCCUGGCCUUGUGGCUGGCGGCGACCAUCGGCGGUGCGGCCCCGAGGCUCGUCUCCCACCUCGUGCACCUCCCCACCUGGACUGUCGGCGACCCCAACGAGGUCCCCAUCUACGGCUGGGGCGACUCGUGGAAGGGCCUCGUCGUCGGCGUGGUCACUUUCGCCAUCUGGGCGCUGGCUAUCAUCCCCGCCCACGUCGUCCUAGUCCGCGUGCAGGCGUCGCUGCUGCCGCCCGACGAGGACUCCAUCAUCCCCUUCGACCGCUCCUUCGGCAGCUCCGUCGAGCCCGCCGUCGUCGGCGGCAAAGGCUUCGUCACCAUGAAGGACGCUUGGACCACAGUCUCCCGCGCCUCAUGGAUCCGCAUCUACAUCCUGCACGCAAAGGUCUUCGCCGCCACCACCGCCGCGACCCUGCUCAUGCUCGUCAUCAUCAUCCCCGAGGUGAUGCUCAUGUCCAAGAAGGGCGAACCGCAGGGAGUCUGA